UUAAAUUUCUUUUGUUUUAAUUUUUUAAUGUUUAUUUAUUUUCGAUGGGGGAGGGGCAGAGAGAGAGGGAGAUGCAGAAUCAGAAGCAGGGUCUGAGCUGUCAGCACAGAGCUUGACAUGGGGCUUGAACCCACAAACUGUGAGAUCAUGACCUGAGCUGAAGUCAGAUGCUUAACUGACUGAGCCACCCAGGUGCCCCAAUCCUUCUUAAAUUUCUGAUUCACAUUGAGAGUCAUUUUCCUAAUCACAUAUGAAAAUGAAGGACAGGACUGAUACAUAAUUGUUCCUUCUAUAGUUUUAGCUCCUGAAUCCUUGGCUUGUUUUAAAGCCCUAUAAUCAGUAGAAAGUGUGUGUGUGUGUGUGUGUGUGUGUGUGUGUGUGUGUGUGUGCAUUAUAUAAUCUACAUUUGGAAAGUCUGGGAUUUUUGGAGUGAAAUUCCUUGGAUUUUAUAUUUUUUGACAGCUAGUCUAACACCUUCUCUCACACAAUUUAUUCUUUCUGAAGAUAUUUGUCAUAUAGGACAGAUGAGCAGGGUCAAUAAUCCCACUUGAUUAUAUUGAUUAUUUGCUGCCUGAGCUCUUUCUUUUAGUCUGUCUUGACUACCUGACUCUCUUCUGCUUCUUUGGCUAUGACAGCCCUUACUGUCAGUCUUCUUAGUACUUGGCCACUCUGUUCUUUGUUUAGUAGUGAGGUAAAUAAGAUGGUACCCAACAAAAGAAACAAAAAAUCAAAGUAUAUGAGCAUACAGAUCAUAGAUUCCAUAUAGAUAGGAUAAUUGGAUUUUGGCUAUAAGGAAUCACAGACAGUGCUGCUUACCAGAUAAAUAGAUCCUGUAUAGGUUUAUAUACUUGAACCAUACUUAUUUAUCUAGCUCAUAAUCUACCUUUGGUGAACCUACUGGUGUAUCCUCAGUACACCAAAAUAUGAAAUACAUAGGCGUUUCUUUUUUAAAAUUGUUUAAAACAUUUAUUUACUUUUGAGAGACAGAGAGAUAUAGAGCUUGAGAGGGGUAGGGGCAGAGAGAGAGGGAGACACAGAAUCCGAAGCAGGCUCCAGGCUCCAAGCACAGAGCCCAACACAGGGCUUGAACUCACAAAUGGUGAGAUCAUGACCUGAACCCAAGUCAGACUCUUAAUGUACCCCUUAAACUGUAAGACUUUUCUAAGGAAUCCAAACCAAAGAAAGCACUCUUGAGAGCACAAAGCACAAGAGAAACACAGGAAAUAACCCAGUAUGAGUGAUAAACACUGUGUUUUUAAAAGGGCAAUCCUGGGGCACCUGGGUGGCUCAGUUGGUUGAAUGUGGGACUCUUGCUUUCGGCUCAGGUCAUUAUCUUAUGAUUUGUGGGUUUGAGCCCUGCACUGGGCUCCAUGCUAGAUGUGAGGCCUACUUGGGAUUCUCUCUCCCUCUGUCUCUGCUCUUCCCCCCCUCCUGUGCAUUCUCUCUCUGUCUCGAAAUAAAUAAAUAAACUUUAAAAAAAAGUGAAAUCCUGUUUGGUACUAGAAGAUAUUAUUCUUCUUGGGUGGAGUCAAGGGAUGCCCUACCUCCAUUCCAAUGUUUCCUAAAGAAUAAAAAUUGGAAACCCUGAAGUCAGGCCCUGUCCAAGUAUAUGGAUUAGGGGGCUGGCCUUUUCUAGGACCUCCAUGUAUUCUGCUGAACAGAGCUCUCCAUAAGCUAGUCCUAAACUCUGAAGGAAAGUGGGGCUUAGUAAGUAAUUGUGCUUGUUGAGGCUAAACAAUGUAUAGUGGCUGAAAGCAGAGACUUUAGAGUCAGACUCUUUUGUCACAGACUUGGCUUCAGUACUUACUGGAUGUAUAAUUUUUAUCAAAAAAGUUUGCCCCUCUUUGUUCCUUUUAAUUAUCUGGAAAAUUAGGAUAACAAUACUAUUACUCUUAAGUGUUUAUUUAAAGGACUAAAUGUGCUAAUGAAUAUAAACAUUCGGCGUAAUGUGUAGCACAUGGUAACUGUUCAGUUAAUGUCAGCAAAUAUUGAUAUGGUGAUGAUGAUGAUGAUGGUGAUGAUAUUGAUUAUUCAAAAACUUCAUUGAGAUAGGUUAAGAGACCCAUGGAAACCUGAAUUUUACUCCAUAUAGAACACAUAUUUUCUAUGUUAAUGUAUUUUGUCCUACAUUUUAAGGGACUCUGGAUUUUUAACUUGUACAGAAUACUUUACAUGGCCUCACCCAGCAACUACUCCACUGCUUCAGUCUCCGAAUUCCUCCUCAUCUGCUUCCCUAACUACCAGAGUUGGCAGCAUUGGUUGUCUCUGCCCCUCAGCCUCCUUUUCCUCCUGGCCAUGGGGGCCAACGUCACCCUCCUGCUCACCAUCCAGCUGGAGGCCUCUCUGCACGAGCCCAUGUACUACCUGCUCAGCCUCCUCUCCCUGCUGGGCAUCGUGCUCUGCCUGACUGUCAUCCCCAAGGUCCUGGCCAUCUUCUGGUUUGACCUCAGGUCCAUCAGCUUCUCUGCCUGCUUCCUCCAGAUGUUCAUCAUGAAUUGCUUCCUUGCCAUGGAGUCCUGCACAUUCAUGGUCAUGGCCUAUGACCGCUAUGUGGCCGUUUGCCACCCACUGCGAUACCCAUCCAUAAUCACCGACCAUUUUGUGGUUAGAGCUACCAUAUUUGUUGUGGCCCGGAAUGGCCUCUUUUUCCUUCCUGUUCCAGUCCUUUCUUCCCGACUCAGAUAUUGUGCAGGGAACAUCAUCAAGAACUGCAUCUGCACUAACCUGUCUGUGUCCAAACUCUCCUGUGAUGACAUCACCUUCAACCGGCUCUACCAGUUUGUGGCAGGCUGGACCCUCCUGGGCUCUGACCUCAUCCUUAUUGUUCUCUCCUACUCCUUCAUCCUGAAAGCUGUGCUAAGGGUCAAGGCUGAGGGUGCUGCGGCCAAGGCCCUGAGCACGUGCGGUUCCCACUUCAUCCUCAUCCUCUUCUUCAGCACCGUCCUGCUGGUUCUGGUCAUCACUAACCUGGCCAGGAAGAGAAUUCCUCCAGAUGUCCCCAUCCUGCUCAACAUCCUGCACCACCUCAUCCCCCCAGCUCUGAACCCCAUUGUUUAUGGUGUGAGGACCAAAGAGAUCAAGCAGGGAAUCCAGAAACUACUGAGAAGGUUGUAAGAGGUAAAAUGGAUAACAACUAACCCAGGGAAUAGAAAUUGAUAG